GACGUGUGAAGGUCGUCGUGGCGAAUUGCAUCGACUGGAGGGUGAGCGAGCGUUCGAGCAUCAAACGUGGUGACUACAUAGCUGGAUCCUCCACUCUGCAAUUGGAACUGCGAUGCGACGUCAUCGAUGUCUGGUGUUGUCAAGUUCAGUGGCGACUCGAUGACUGGUUUCUCGCUGCUUGGAUUUCAACCCCUGGACAUGAAAGCUCAUCCACAGAGAGAAUUGAGUGCUACAAUUGAGGAAAACCUCUUGGGUCUCGCUGCUUAGGGGUAUUUGGACUUGAGGGUUUGUACCCUGACGGGCGCAGUUGGGCCCGCAUUGCUUUUGAGAUGAUGGCCGAUACAUAGCAGGUUUUGGGAUUGUGAAGAAGUGAGGGGUGUGGUUGAACUGGUAUCGGAGUUGCCAUGUUCGCACCUCGUGAUGCAUGCCGUCUGUUCCAACUGAACAUGGCCCCUACUCCAUCCUCUUGCCUUCGUUCCCGUUCUCCUCUCCUGGUUUACGCUGCAGGCAAGAACCAAGAAUCUCCUCAGCCACCAAGGAUCACCUCUAAUGUGAAACGCAACCUUCAUCUACUGAAGAUCUUUAAGGAAUUUGCUAAGAAGCAAUCAGGAGGUUAUACCAAGCCUAGCACGAGUUAUAGAAAGAAGAGGGUAGAUAAGCAGGACAUGCCUAAUGGUGCUGACCCUUACGAGGACCCAACCACAAAGCUUUAUCACACCAAUGAUGGCUUUGAAUUGGCGACACCAGUGCUGUUAGUUGAUGGAUACAAUAUGUGUGGCGCCUGGCCUAAGCUGAAAAAGCAUUUUUCACGCGGUCAAUUAGAGACGGCCAGAGACAAACUCAUACACGAGCUCAUUACAUUCACGCAUGUGAAAGGUGUGAAAGUAGUUUGUGUUUUUGAUGCUGUAAUGUCGGGUUUGCCCACCCACAAGGAAUCUGUGAACAGUGUGGAUAUUGUGUAUUCUGCGGAUACAGAUGCCGACUCGUGGAUUGAGAGAGAGAUCACAUUAUUAAGGGCAGACGGAUGUCCAAAAGUUUGGGUGGCCACCUCAGAUAGUUUUCACCAACAAGCUGCACAUGGCGCGGGUGCUUAUGUCUGGACCUGCAAAAACCUCAUUUCAGAGAUCAACGAUGCAAAGGAGGAGUUGCAGGAGUUGCUGUACGAUGAAACUAUGUAUUCAACAAAAGGGAAGCUUCUGGAGCACAACCUAGAUCCUGAGGUGCGGAAUGCUCUACAGGCGUUGAAACAGCAAUUGAAAACCCAGUAACUGUUGUUUGGAAGAGAAUGGUACCAGUAUAUCGACUUCAAUUGCUCAUAGACAGGCUGGACCAAAAAGUGAAGGUCAAGUUUUCAGAACCCACCAUAUAGAAGGGUAAGAGCUUGCUCAUGCCGCUGGUCUUUGAAUUCUGUAGCAGGUCUCGAAUGUUUUUAAAAGUCAGUGACCUCAGCACAUUAACCAAGUGGAAAUCGUGUACUAAGUGGAAAUUUGGUGCUUUCGUGAUUACCUCAAUCACAAUGAAAUUGUUUGAAAUCGUGCCAAAUUCCAAAUUCUUUGUAGAGGCAAGGUUUAGAGAGGUUUAUGCCAAACGUGUGAUACCACUGCAUGAAUACUCAGGCAUCUUUCAUUGAAAUCUUAUUUCCCGAGUCACUCAACCCUUAAUGCCCAUUCUCACCGAUUUUAA